AUAACUUUGAGUGUUUGAGUUUCUGAAAGUGAUACUAAAUACAAAAAGAAAUUAUUUUCACAUGGCAAACAACUGUGAAAAUGUUUUUCUCAAUCAGAGUGAUUCACUUACUAGUGCCUUACUCAAGUUUCAAGCAGGACCUAGUGAAAUCGGUUCUCCUAUCUCGUUUAACAUGGAAGGUCAAAACAAUCAUUUCAUGAGUGAUUCUCUAGAGAAUGGCGAAUUUCAUUCAAAAUUUGGAUUUGAUCAUCUCACCGUCACUCAUCAAUUCGAUGAUCUCAGACUCAAUUAUCCUACAAUCCAGCGAAAUAAUAUUAGAGGAAAUGAUACCAUCAUAUCACAUGGUGGUAUCACGUCCACUUAUCCUCCAAAUGGAAAAAAUACUGUUUCUCAUUGGGAUAAAUAUAAAAAAUGUUGGUCUGGCCCAAAUCAUCUUGGAUCAUCUUCACAUGGUAAUCACAUCACUAAUAAUAUGAGAAAAUAUGGAAAUAUGAAACGAGUGAAUAGAUCACCAUCCAAGACGCAAUCCAAGAAACAAAUUCGUUUUAGAUUCGCCUCAUGGACAUAUGAAGAGAAAAAAGUCAUGGACCGAGAACUAGAAAAGUUCACCUCUUUACCUGUUCUAAAUAUUUGUAAGAAGAUUGCAAUUAUGUUACCGAGAAAAUCUAUUCGAGAUGUUGCCAUGCGAAUCGAGUGGUUGAUCAAUCAUCGAAAAUUAGACAACAUCUGGUUUUUGGAUAAACCUUCAGUCGAGGGAGAUUUAAGUGAUUUUGAUUUUUAUAUGCCAGACAACCCUAAUGAUCGAGAUCUCCUCGCCAUUCGGAACAAGUUUGGUGCUGGAGUUGUUAAGGGUAGCCGCCUCUAAAUUCGAGACAUCGCAUAGUUAACGCGAACAAUGUCAAUGUGUGUGUGGACACACAUGUGUGUGUUUUUUCUAAAAUAAGGGAUUUUCAUCAAAUAAUUAUGCAUCAGUUCCGUUUUUGUGAAAAUAAUAAUUUAUAAGUGUUUUUUAUAUGUUGAUGUGUGUAAUGUGUAACAUAGCAAAGCACUAUGUAAUGUAUAAUUUGAAUAUGAUUGUUCCUAAUUUAUUAUUUUGGCACCUAUUAAUAAAUAG